GGUCUCUUUGUUUCUUCCGGAGCUGUAUAUUGCCAAUUCUCCAAGGGUAUGCAAACUUUGAGCACAACUGUAUUAUUUCUCCACAGGUUGAUUUAUAGAUUUUAUUGUACAUGUUUUAACAACAAAUCAGAUGAACUGACAUUCUGUGAUGUUUGAGUUUUUGGGGUAUGGUUUAUAUCUAUCUUUUUUAAUGCAUUGUUUAGGAAUCUACAUACAGUAUUUAUAUUUUGGGCAUUGACAUGCUAGUUCAUAUUUAUCAUAUAGGUUCCAGUGGGUAUACCUUUAAAAUGUUAUAGUAGAUACUGUUUGCUAUCUAAUAUUCUUGAUCCAGAAGUCAGAAUCAUUUACGUAGUAUCAGCCACGGUAAUGUAGCUCGAAUAAACAAAAAUGUUUUACCUAUAUAUUUUAGGGGUCUAAUGACAGUAAAGAACAUGCGGAUCAUAUACCUUUACAGAGGAUUCACCGUGCAGUUUAAUUAAUCAUAAAAAAUAGCGCUUGUGCCCUUUUCAUGACCUACGCAUGCGCACAGUAACGUCUUUGGCUCCAUCUCCGCCGGUGCAUGAAAAGAGUAGAGGUAAAAAGGAGAUAAAGCCUCAUUGGUUUCGUCAAGACACCUGUGCUUGAGCCGUGAGUCAUGGCCCAGUUCGGGGGACAGAAGAACCCUCCGUGGGCGGCUCAGUUCGCUGCCACUGCGGUGUCCCAGCCAGGCCACUCUGGACAGUCCCUGGACCUCAACAGUCUACAUUCUCUAGGUGUGCAGCAGCCAUCUCUCCUGGGGGCUUCUCCCUCCAUGUACUCCCAGCAGUCGGCCCUGGCUGCAGCCUCCCUCAAUCCCCAGUCGGCUGCCGCCAACUACCAGUUGUCACAACAGACCGCUGCGCUGCAGCAGCAAGCUGCGGCAGCCGCAGCACUGCAGCAGUCUCAGAUCAACUCAGCCCUGCAGCAGUAUCAGCAACAACAACAGCAGCAGCAACAACAACAACAACAGCAGCAGCAACAACAACAACAACAGCAGCCUCCUCCACAACAGCCUCCACCUCAGCAACUCUACAAUGUACCCCAUCAGCAACAUCAACAACACACAGACUUAUAUGGGCACCAUCAGCAACACACAGACUUAUACGGGCAGCAUCAACAGCACACAGACUUAUACGGGCCUCAGCAAGCGCUGCUUUCACAGAACUGGAGUGGCGAAAACAAGUUUCCGCCCCCCGUGGCUCUCCCCACCAGCCUGUCCCUCUCCAACCCCCAGCAGACAGCCCAGAUCACGGUGUCCUACCCCACGCCCCGCUCCAGCCACCAGCAGCAGAGCCAGCAGCAGAGCCAGCCCCAGAAGCAGCGUGUCUUCACCGGCGUGGUCAACAAGCUGCACGACACCUUCGGCUUUGUGGACGAGGACGUCUUCUUCCAGCUCAGUGCGGUGAAGGGCAAGACCCCCCAGGUGGGAGACAGGGUCCUAGUGGAGGCCGUGUACAACCCCAACAUGCCCUUCAAAUGGAACGCCCAGCGCAUUCAGACCUUACCUCAGCUGGCCAACCAAUCGCUUCAGCAGCAGCCCCCGUCCUUACCUCCAGUUUCCCCACAGCUGAGCAGCUUCUAUGCUGACCAGGGGAUGCAGCAGCGCUACUCAGACAUGCACUCCGCCGGCAUGGACAACAGACAAAAUAGCCAGCCUCCAGGCCCGAACAUGAUGAAGCCGGGCCCCAGUAUGCUCCAGUCUCUGCCUCCCCCAACCACCUUCAGUGUCCAGGCCCAGGGUCCCCCUCCUCCUCUGCUCCAAGCCCAACUCUCCGCUGCCUCUCUGGCUCCGCUCCUCCAGAACCCUCCCCAACCCCUGCUACCACAGCCACCUCCUAAAGAUGUGUUCUCAGGAGGACUUCUCCAGCCCCCCGUGAGGAUGAUGCCUCAGCCUGUCAGACGCCUGGACCCCUCCCCCCGCUUCCCCAACCGCAACGACCGACCCGAACUCAUCCUCAGGACCAAGGAUGAGCGCAGUCGCGACCGUGACCGGGAGCGCCGGAGGUCCCGGGAACGCUCUCCCGCCCGUAAACGCUCCAGGGACCGCUCCCCGAGACGUGAACGCUCUCCGCGUCGCCCUCGCAGGGUGGUUCCUCGCUACACGGUCCAGUUCUCCAAGUUCAGCCUGGACGGUGGCUGCUGUGCCUUCCCCUCCAGGUCUAACUGUGACAUGAUGGAGCUGAGGAGACGCUACCAGAGCCUGUACAUCCCCAGUGAUUUCUUCGACGCCGUGUUCACCUGGGUGGACGCCUUCCCCCUGCAACGGCCCUUCCAGUUCGGCAACUACUGUAACUUCCACAUAAUGCACAAGGAGGUGGACUCUCUGGUCAAGAACACUGCCGUGCUGGACCCCCCCGACGCCAACCACACAUACAGCGCCAAGGUGAUGUUGCUGGCCAACCCCAGUCUAGAAGAGCUCUACCAUAAGUCCUGUGCUCUGGCUGAGGACCCCCAAGAACUCAGGGACGCCUUCCAGCACCCCGCCCGCCUCAUCAAGUUCUUGGUGGGCAUGCGGGGAAAGGAUGAGGCCAUGGCCAUCGGGGGCCAUUGGUCCCCUUCCCUGGACGGCGCCGAGCCUGAGAAGGACCCUGCCGUGCUCAUAAAGACAGCCAUACGCUGUUGUAAGGCCCUCACAGGCAUAGACCUAAGUCUCUGCACUCAGUGGUAUCGUUUUGCAGAGAUUCGCUAUCAUCGCCCUGAGGAGACUCACAAGGGGCGGACAGUCCCCGCACAUGUGGAGACAGUGGUUUUGUUUCUCCCGGAUGUUUGGCAUUGUCUUCCUACCCGCUCAGAGUGGGAGGGGCUGUCGCGGGGACUCCGGGAUCAGCUGGCUGAGAAGCUGUCCGCCGAGCGAAAGGAGGCUGACGGAGAACAGGAGGAAGAGGAGAAGGAUGAAGAAGAUGCAAAGGAGGUGACCACCCCAACCCACUGGACAAAGCUUGAUCCAAAAUCAAUGAAGGUGAAUGACCUACGCAAAGAGCUAGAGUCUCGCUCCCUGAGCUCUAAGGGGUUAAAGUCCCAGCUGAUCGCCCGCCUCACCAAGCAGCUGAAGGUUGAGGAGCAGGUGGAGGAGGCCAAGGAACCGGAGAAAACGGAGAACCAGGCCCCGGAGGAGGAGGAGCCACAACGUAUGGAGGAAGAUCGAGAGGAGGAAGAGAGGAAGAAGCUGGAAGAGUUGGAGCGCCAGCGCAGGGAGAAGCGCUACACCCUGCCAGACGAGCCCACCAUCAUCGUCUACCCCAACUGGGCGGCCAAGAACGGCAAAUUUGACUGCAGCGUCAUGUCUCUGAGUGUGCUGCUGGACUACCGGCUAGAAGACAACAAGGAACACUCUUUUGAGGUCUCUCUGUUUGCAGAGCUGUUCAACGAGAUGUUGCAGCGAGACUUUGGCUAUAAGAUCUUCAAAGCCCUGGCCUCUGUGCCCUGUAAGGAUGACAAGAAAGACAAGAAGGAGAAGGCCAAGAAAGAGGCAGAGAAGAAAGAGGCCGAGAAGAAGACUGAAGUUAAGAAAGAGAAGGAGGAAGAGAAUGGAGAGCCUGUGACAAAGAAGCCAAAAGAGGAGGAGCCAGAGAAGAACAAGGAGGAGGCUGAGAAGGAGGAGAAGAAGGAUGAGUCUGUGGAUGCAGAAGAGAAGGAGGAGGAUGAGAGCAGCAACACUAAUGCUGAGGAGUACGACCCCCUGGAGGCUGAAGAUGCUGAUGACGACGAUGAAGAUGAUAAAGACGAUGAAGACUCCAACGGCAGAGACCGGAAAGACGACCGCAGCAGCAGAGACAGGAAGUCCAAGGAGAGGUCCUCUAAAGACAAGGAGAAGAAGCAGAUGGUGACCUACAACAAGGACCUUCUCAUGGCCUUUGUCUACUUUGAUCAGAGUCACUGUGGCUACCUUCUGGAGAAAGACCUGGAGGAGAUCAUGUACACGCUAGGGUUACAUCUGUCCAGAGCCCAGGUAAAGAAGUUGUUGAACAAGCCUGUCGUUAGAGAGUCCUGUUACUAUCGUAAACUGACGGACGCAGCUAAAGACGAGGCUGCUCCUUCCUUCAAUGAGGCGCUUGUAGACAACCUGCUAGGUAACCGUGCCCUGCUACCCGUCCUAGUGUCCCGUAGCCGGGUGGCAUCAGCGGAGUCCAGUGAGUCCGGAGGUGGCAGCGGUCUGAUAGUGUAUAAUGGAGCCAUGGUGGAUGUGGGCAGUAUGAUGCAGAAACUGGACAAGAGUGAGAAGGCCCGGGAGGAGAUAGAGCACAAACUCAUGGUGCAGGACUCCAAGAUGGACGAGGACACCAAACAAAUAAUCCAACUGGUAUCAGCUAACAAAGCCCUGUCUAAAGACCUGGAGGAGGUAAAGGGAACCCUGAGCCAGACGGAGAACAGCCUCCAUGCUACGGAGGAACAGAAGACCGUCUACCAUGACCAGCUCAGCCGAACACUCAGCAGCCUGGGCAGCGCUAUGAAGGAGCUGCAGGGAGUCCUCCAGAAGGAAGUGCCCACAGAAGCCGCUGCUGACCAAAAAUCCCAAGCAACGAAUGGUUCAGACGAAUAAAUGAAUGAAUGAUAGAGUUGGAAAGUGAAUGAGGUGUCAGAUGGGACACUUUUUUUCUUACCAACAAUGUAAAUAUUGCACUAAAACAUGCUUCAUUUGUUUUACUUUCAUUUGGACUGUAGUUUUUGCUUUCCCCUCACAUGGCCAUGUGUGGAUAGAUCCUCAUUGGUUAAAUCCCAAAUUGUACCCUAUUGCUUUAUAGUGCACAGGAUCCAUCUGGCCCAUAAAGUACCCUAUAUGGGGAAUAGAGUGCCAUUUGGGACAUUCACCGAUAUCUAAAUUGGUUCUAAUGUUUUCAUGUGACCUUACUAUUUCCAUGUGAAAAUAACAUGCGUUUAAUUGGUUUGAUAUCAAUUACAGUUGGACUCUCUCUGGUUAUGAUGCAUUUCUCUAAUUGUAAAAUAGAAGUUUGAUAUUUAAAAAAGAAAUCUCCCGAAUUUAUGUAAAUGGCAUUACAUUGCGAAUUGCUUCUUUGCUUAUGUUGUUUGUUUUUCAUUUUUGUAGCUGCCUCAAUUGCUAAUGAUACAUUUGAACGUUUUCUUCUGUUCUGUAUUGGUUUAAUUGUUUUGCCUUGCCCAAAUAGUACCAUUACCUUGAUGCCAGUACCUGACAGUUGUAAUUGAUCGGAUCAUUCUAAUUAGCAAUAAUGGUUAUUUAUGUUCCAGUGGAUUCAUGACAAAAAUAUUUAAAAUAAACAGUUUAUAUUUAGAGGGAAGAUUACCUUAAUUAAGCUAUGGUUUUAUCGAGUCUACAGAACUGAAUAUCCCGUUUCUCCUCUUUACUCAGUUCUACUUACAGCUGAUCAAAAAACAAAUGUCAUUUUGUAUUUCCUCAUGCUACUACUAUGGGUCAAUUUAGACUGGCCGCCACUUUGUUCUGAGACAUGGAUCAUGUUCAUUAGGGAACACUGUAACAAAGUGUUUUCAACACAAAAAUGUGUUUCUUAUUUGACAAGUUCAGACGUUAUCUCCCCAUUUUGGCCUCCUAGCUUCUGUUUGGUGCCCAGUGAAUACGACUAAUACAGGCAGUCAGUGGUUUAUGUUGUCUGUCCAGGGUGGAUGGUUCAGUGUUUUUUUUUGGCUAUUGAAAAGGGAAGUAAAAGCAAAGCCAAACCAUACGACUAGUGUCUACACUCCCAUCAAAGGAACUGGAACCCUGGUUAGGUUCUUUAAUUUCAACACAGACACCAUCGUUUUUCUAUGUUCUAGAUCUGCUGUGCAUUCUGAUCUGGGUUGUAGAACUGUUUGAAGUAAUUGAAUUAUUUUUCCAUUUGGAGUGUCAGAGCUAUGAUUUUGUUACUCUCCUCAGAUGAAGGUUGGGCAACAGGUGUGAUAGUGGCUAUAGUCGUAUGAAUUUCUGGAUGAAAGCAGGAUUUGAAAUGAACCCAAAGCAACUAGGUGCAUAAUAUUUUUCUACUGAAAAUGUACUCUGGUUGUCCUGUGCCGAAUUAAAGUGGUCCAUUUUAACAUUU